CUCUCAAAAUCCCCAACAAUCUCUCUCAACUCUCUCCCUAUCUCCCUCUCUUUCCUCUCUCCCUCUAGAAAAUAACUUACAAAGUUGAUCCUGUAAAAACAUAUAGUAACAAUGUGCAAAGUGACGUCUCCUCUCUGCUGCAAUGGCAACACAGACCACCAUUACCUUGUCUCCAUCAAAGACUCGGAGGACCCCAAAACCCUAACUUCCCCAUUGAUCUCCAAAACCAUAACAUCCCAACCAGAACAAGUACCGAAGUUACAGUUCAAUCCCCACAAAGAAUCCCAUUUUUAUUUGGCUUUAAAAGAAGCCAAUUCCAUAGCUGUCAUAGCUUUCCCAAUGAUACUUACCGGCCUGUUGCUUUACUCAAGGUCAAUCAUCUCCAUGCUCUUCCUCGGCCGCCUUGGCGAGCUUGCCUUAGCGGGCGGGUCCCUUGCUGUGGGCUUCGCCAACAUCACCGGUUACUCCAUACUCUCCGGCCUCGCCAUGGGAAUGGAACCUAUCUGCGGCCAAGCUUUUGGCGCCAGAAAACACACUCUGCUCGGCCUCUCUUUGCAGAGGACGGUCCUCCUCUUACUAUUUACAUCCUUACCCAUUUCUCUUCUCUGGCUGAACAUGAAGAAAAUCCUCCUCAUCUGCGGCCAGGACGAAGCGAUCGCUGCCGAAGCUCAGUUGUACCUCCUCUGUUCUCUCCCUGAUCUUCUCGCUCAAUCUUUUCUCCACCCUCUGAGAAUUUACCUCAGAAGUCAAUCCAUCACUCUGCCUCUCUCAUUGUGUGCAACUCUGGCGAUCAUCCUCCACAUUCCCAUAAACUAUUUUCUCGUUUCGCACCUCGAUUUGGGAAUCAAAGGUGUUGCUCUUAGUGGGGUUUGGUCUAACUUCAACCUCGUAGCUUCCCUGAUCGUAUACAUCAUCGUCUCUGGGGUCUACCAAAAAACCUGGGGAGGGAUAUCAAUGGAGUGUUUCAGAGAAUGGAGAACUCUUCUAAAUUUAGCAGUGCCCAGCUGCAUUUCUGUGUGUUUAGAAUGGUGGUGGUAUGAGAUCAUGAUCUUGCUCUGUGGAUUGUUAAUAAAUCCGAGAGCCACCGUUGCUUCAAUGGGAGUUUUAAUUCAAACGACCGCCUUAAUCUACAUAUUUCCUUCUUCCUUAAGCUUCAGUGUGUCCACCAGAGUCGGCAAUGAAAUCGGCGCCAACAACCCGAAAAAAGCGAAACUAGCAGCCAUUGUAGGGCUCUGCUGCAGCUUUGUGCUAGGCCUUUCAGCUCUGGUGUUUGCAACGAUGGUGAGGAACAUUUGGGCAAGCAUGUUCACACAAGAUAAAGAGAUUGUAGCGUUGACAUCGAUGGUAUUGCCGAUAAUCGGGCUCUGCGAGCUCGGAAACUGCCCGCAGACGACGGGGUGCGGAGUUCUGAGAGGCACUGCGAGGCCGAAAGUGGGAGCAAAUAUAAACUUGGGGUGCUUUUAUCUUGUCGGAAUGCCGGUGGCCGUGGGGUUGGGAUUCUUUCUUGGGUUUGAUUUUCAGGGGCUGUGGCUCGGCCUCUUGGCGGCGGAAGGCAGCUGCGCUUUGACCAUGUUGGUGGUUUUGGGUCGUACUGAUUGGGAGCUUGAAGUUCGGAAGGCCAAAGAGCUGACCGGUGCUGCUGCUGCUAAGGUGGCAGUUGGUGACAGCGAAGGUGUUGAGGAGGACAAGCCAAGCAAAGCUGAAAUCAAGGAAGAUUGUCUAUGUUUAUUAGGCGAGUUAAAUUACGAAAAUAAUAAUUAUAAUAAUAGCUCACAUGUUUAGGUUAGUUUAGUUUAAUCUCUCUCAUUUUUUUUCUUUUCUUUUUUUCUUUUUUUUUUAUUUUACAUUUUUAUUAUUUUUGUCACCUUAUUUAGCUGUGGGUUCACAAGAUUUCAUGGCGUUUAAAUAUAUAUAUAUUUUUUGAGAAUAUUUCUAUUAGCAGGAGGACUACCUUCAGGAGUGUUUUUUUUUUGCACUCCCACUGAAAUUCAACUGUACUAUUUUACAUGUACAAGUGAUGCUGAAUUUCAUAGGAAGUAGCAAAAUGCAGGGUCAGGAACAAACAUCCCACCUUUUUCUGUAUUUUCCGACCAUUUCUGUAUUUUGUAAUCGGAUAUAAAGUAAUUGAAAGAAGAUUUAUUCUACCAGAGA